AUGGGGCCUCACGGGAAGCGUGAGGCCACAAACGUCUACUACAACAAGACGUCGGCCGAGCUCAAGCGCAUGGACUCGACGACGCGGUCGCCGGUCCUCAACGUCAUUGCCGAGACCAUCAACGGCCUCUCGACGAUUCGGGCGUUUGGCAUGACGACAGCCUUUGCCGCCAAGGGCCGCGCCGCUCUCGACUACAACCAGCGCUUCUUCCUCGUUUACCGGCUCGCGACCCGAUGGCUGCAGAUGCGUCUCGAUUGGCUCUCGGCCAGUAUCAUUGCUGGCGUUGCUUUUCUCGUCGUUGCUUCCAAAGACUCGAUCGGCGUCAUCGCUGCUGGCCUCGCGCUCACGUACGCAUCCCAGAUGACGGCCUUCUUCUCCAAGAUGACCACAUCACUCUCGUUCAUCGACAACAUCAUGACGUCGGUGGAGCGUCUCGACCACUUCAAGACACUCGAGACCGAAGGUGACACACGAGCCGUCACGACGACCGUCGAAGCGUCGUGGCCAGCCCAAGGCGUCGUCACCUUUGACCACUACGCGAUGCGGUACCGCGACCACCUCGACCUUGUCCUGAAAGACGUGUCGUUUACCGUGCCGGCUGGCGCCAAGGUCGGCAUCUGCGGCCGCACGGGCUCGGGCAAGAGCUCGCUCAUGGUCGCGCUCUUCCGCAUGGUCGAGGCGGCCUCUGGUCGCAUCCUCAUCGACGGCGUCGACCUCGCAUCGAUCGACUUGCACACGGUGCGGUCGCGGCUCACCAUCAUCCCGCAAGACCCC